AAAAAUUAAACACAUUACACGGCUGUACUAGUAGUCUGCAAGUUGUCAUUCAUUUUGUUUUUUAAACAAGAUAACUUCAAUAAUGGCUAGGGUAUUAAUUUUAUUGUCUGUUAUUUUGUUCAGUGUCUAUAUGACAGAACAAGCAUACUUUUUGGAAAAAGACUACAUCAACAAAAUCAAUGAAAAAGCAUCAACAUGGACGGCUGGUUUCAAUUUCGAUCCAUCCACACCGAAAGAAGACAUUUUAAAGCUCUUAGGAUCAAAAGGUGUACAAACUCCAAGCAAAAUUAACCUCAAAAUGUACAAAUCAGAAGAUGAAAACUAUGAUAAUCUUUUUGGCAGAAUUCCAAAGAAAUUUGAUGCAAGGAAAAAAUGGAGACAUUGUACGACUAUUGGAAAAGUCCGAGACCAAGGAAAUUGUGGAAGUUGUUGGGCCUUAUCUACAAGCUCAGCGUUUGCUGACCGUCUAUGUGUAGCUACCAACGGAGAUUUCAAUCAAUUAUUGUCCGCAGAAGAACUAACUUUCUGCUGUCACAAGUGUGGAUAUGGCUGUAAUGGAGGAUACCCAAUAAAAGCAUGGGAACGUUUUAAGAAACACGGUCUUGUCACUGGAGGAGAGUAUAAAUCAGGAGAGGGCUGUGAACCAUACAGAGUUCCUCCUUGCCCAUAUGAUGAAUAUGGAAACAAUACUUGCUCUGGAAAACCGAUGGAACAAAAUCAUAGAUGUACAAGAAUGUGUUACGGAGAUCAAGACCUUGAUUUUGAUGACGACCACAGAUACACAAGAGACUCGUAUUACCUUACAUAUGGAAGUAUCCAAAAAGACGUUAUGACUUAUGGUCCCAUUGAAGCAUCUUUCGACGUUUAUGACGAUUUCCCCAGUUACAAGUCAGGAGUUUACGUUCGAUCGGAAAAUGCUUCAUAUUUAGGAGGACAUGCAGUAAAAUUGAUUGGAUGGGGUGAAGAAUACGGAACCCCAUAUUGGUUGAUGAUGAAUUCAUGGAACGAGCAAUGGGGUGACCAAGGUCUUUUCAAAAUUCGACGAGGCACAAAUGAAUGUGGAAUCGAUAAUUCGACUACUGGUGGUGUACCAGUAACUAAUUAAAUGCAUCAUUAGUUCAAACAAUGUUAAAUAUUUUAUGAUAAAAUAAAAAAAAUUGUUAUCAUUCAAA